AUGACGUCAGGCUUAACAGUAGUUAGUGCUGGUUUUGGCCUACUGUUUUCGCUUCUCGAUGUUGCAAAAAUCACCAAUAAACUCAAGCAACAAAGAAUCAAGAAGCUGAGACGAACGAUUUUCAAGAGGAACCAUGGAUUGCUUCUCCAACAGUUAAUCUCAUCAAACAGAGACAUAGCUGAGAAUAUGAAGAUUUUCGGAUUACAAGAACUAGAGCAAGCAACCAAUAAAUUCGACCAUAAUCGCAUCCUUGGCGGUGGAGGACAUGGCAUAAUCUUUAAGGGCAUCUUAGCUGAUCAACGUAUUGUGGCCAUCAAGAAGUCUAAAAUUGCAGUUCAGAGGGAAAUUGAUCAAUUCAUAAAUGAAGUUGUCGUACUUUCACAAACUAAUCAUAGAAAUGUGGUGAAGCUCUUCGGUUGUUGCCUUGAGAGCGAAGUUCCUUUACUAGUUUAUGAGUUUAUAUCAAAUGGAACUCUGUCAUAUCAUUCCAUGAGCAAAGGAAAUACUGAAGACAUCAAGGUGGUUGCAGCCCUCACAAGAGCAUGCUUAAGCUUAAAAGGUGAAGAAAGGCCUACCAUGAGGCAAGUCGAGAUAACGCUUGAAGAUCUACAAGGAUCAAAGGUCCUCCCCAAUUCUCGGAUGACAAGUCAAAAUGCUAUACAAGAUGAGUCAUAUAACGGAAACAAUGGCAACCUUAGAGAAAGAGUUCAUAAGCGAUUGUCAAGGCCGGAGCUUAGAGAAAGGCACUAG